AUGGUUGCGUCAGAAGACCACCAGCGCCGUGCAGAACUGCAGAAAAUGGCGGCAGAUUACUAUCGUCUCGGACACGGCGACCUAACCCACGUGAAUGUUCCCACGUGUGUCAAAGCUUUCGCCUCUCAACGCGUCGUUCAGGUUACUGUGGGUGCACUCCACUGCCUGGCGGUCACUGACACCGGUCGGGUCUACUCCUGGGGUGACAACGACCACGGUCAGUUGGGCAAUGGUCUGACCGUUGUCAACAAGAUGCCCUCAGUGGUGCUGGGACUGCCUCGCCUGCCUGCCAACGCAAUGGGCAACUUCAGGAUCGCCUGUGGCAGCUCCCACAGCGUCGCCUAUCUC